UUUCAGAAAUUUGGGGAAUUUUUUUGCUGAAUAUUUGGAUUUUUUUCAGACAAUGAAACAAUAUUUUUGGUGCCUAUAAGUGAGGACAACAGGAGAGUUUAACAUUGUGUUAUUAGGUUCAUACUUGAAUUUUCUAAUUUUUUCUGACAUUGUUGCUGACUGGUGAUGAGUUUCAGACUCGAGCUGCAAAACUUGCCUGUUCGGUGUCAGUAGCAGUGGCGGAUCUUCCGUGGGGGACAGGGGGGCAGUGACCCCACCCCCACCCCGUGAUCUGAGUGGCCACCUCGUGUGCCCCCUCAAAAUUUUCGUUGGAAAUUUACAUUACUGAUACUCCGAUUUCCGACGUUCCUGAACGGAACUCCGUUGUCUGACUGCACCCGAAUGCACCAAUGACGUUAGUUUGAUCUUUUGAUUGUAUUUUGUUUGGAUUUGAAGAAACUUUGAAGAGGUUUACUAAUGCCGGAGGAAAAGACGAGCAGCUUUGUACCUUUGUGGUAAGAAGACAAUGGUCGUUUCUCAGUACUCGUGAAACGUCAUCAUGGAGACUGCAUCGGACCAGAUAAGUAAGCACAGAUAUGAAUCAGUAGGUAGAUAAGAUAUAUACCGAUGGCUGCAGCUCCCAGGGAACAGGAGGUUUUAUUACAGGAAGUCAGACACAGUCACACAGAGACAUUAGAGCUCACACUGAAACGGAGCUACAGCUCUGUGUCUUGGACAGGAUUUAUUUUCAAAGCUACAUGUGUGACAACAACAAUCCGUGCCAGAGCAGACCUCAUUAGCACUUCCGCUAGGUCGGCCAACUUCCGGUCACGCCAUGUAGCUACAAUAUGGAUUAAUUUUUCGUUUGGGCUUGACAAAUAUAAUUGCAAUGAAACAGCAGCAACAUAAGAACCGACCAAAUAUACAAAGGAAGUGCUGCUAUUUUAAUAUAAAAAAAUGAUCUAUCUGAACAUGGUGAAAGUGCAGCUAGAGUAAAGUUAGUGAAACUACGGAUAAGCAACGUUUCCUUUUUCUUCCAGAAAAAUUAAAGCCUCAAAUUUGCUGUUUAUUAAAAAUCACUAAAAGCAACACUUCCACGAGUUUGUUUGAGUUUGUUAGUAUUAAUCGGUGGAGCAGCAGCAUAUUUUCCACAGACAGUUUUACUGUCCAUUGUCUUGUUUUAAUCACUUUUCAGUUCAGUAAUUCAGUCCUUGGGCUGAUUGGACCAACAGACACUGAAGGACUAAUAAAAUAAUAAAUGAAUAAAUGAUUUUGCCUCUUAUUCUGAGCUUUGACCGAUCCAAGAGCAUGAAAUACAUCAUCGGCAUCGGCAGCAUAACCGAUGGAGGGAAAACCACCCUCACCAACCGCCUGAUCAAGAACCUGCCCAACUGCUGCGUGGUCCAUCAGGAUGACUUCUUCAAGCCCCGAGAUCAGACUGAAGUUGGUGAAGAUGGCUUUAAGGAGUACGAUGUCAUCACUGCUCUGGACAUGAACACCAUGAGCAGGAUCUACGCAUGGCUGGAGAACCCGGUGAAGUUUGAGAAGUCUCAUGGCGUUAAGAACACCCUGGACACAGAGAUCGUCCCGAAGUCCGACCACAAGGAGAAGGAGGAGACUCACGUCCUCAUUGUGGAGGGCUUCCUGCUUCACACCUACAGGCCUUUGAUGGACGUGCUUAACCAGCGUUACUUUAUCUCCAUCCCAUAAGUAGAAUCCAAAAAGAGGAGGUGCUCUAGGAAUUAGACGGUGGCAAACCCCUCCGGCCUGUUCGAUGGCCACGUCUGGACCAUGGACCUGCAACACAAGAACAUCUGCUCACUGGGAAAGAUUCUUGAGAGCAGCUUUUUGUGAUUUCUAUGCAGAACACUAUGAUGAUGCUGUGCACUAUUAAAUGAUUUAAUAAUAUGGAGUAUUGCUGCUGUUUAUUAUUGUUUUCAGGUUUAUUGUUAAAUAUAUAGAGCAGUGAUCAUCAACUGGCGGGCCGAAUACGGCCCGCCGAACCGUCCAAUCCGGCCCGCGACUGGAUUCCAAAAUUGUGAGGAUCAAAGAGAAAAUAUCAUGUGGUCCACACUAUUAAAGCAGUCAGUCCAGUCAUUAUUAAAGGAUCUGUUUUCCACAUCAACUUUUCGUUUCGUGGCCUUAGAGAGUGCCAUUUUACCCGUGUUAAGAGGCCUUUUCCUGUCACUUC